AACGCGGAUGACUGCAGUAGAUCGCGCGGCCUGUCGUAUGUGCAGUUAUGUUCGUCGUAGCACUGCUAAUAGGUUUGAUGUGAACAGCCGAAUCUUUCGGAAAUGCCUGUUUAAGACAUACCAGCGCCUCGAUCGAAGCGGAAGAAAAUGGAGUUUGCAGAACUGAUCAAGAUCACCAAAGUUGACCGUGUAGUUCUGCACGCACCACUCUGCACAAGCUUUUCGGGGACGCUAUCUCUGUCGAGUCAUCAUUCUAUCUUCUCGUCGCGCACAGAUGACGAUAAGGAGCUAUGGUUGCUGCACAGGAUGGUUGACACGGUUGAACGACGGAUUGGGGCCCUGUCGGGAACACUGUUCUUGAAAUGCAAAGACUUCAGGAUAAUUCAGCUCGAUAUCACCGGCGUUGAAGCGUGCAACAAUGUUGCAGACACCAUCGAAUGCCUUUCUGCGUUAGAUAACCCGAAGUGGUUUCAUCCAUUCUUUUACAAUCCGGCUUUUGUGAUAAUGGAGGAUGGCUGGUCAGCGUUCGCAACUGAGCAAGACUUUGCCAAAAUAAAGCUGGUCUCGGACGAUUGGAGAAUAUCAUCUGUGAACCAUGAUUUCUCGGUCUGUCCAACCUAUCCUGAACAAGUGAUCGUGCCAAAGAAGGUUGAAGACAGUGUUCUGGUUGCUUCAGCUUCUUUCAGGCAGAUGGGUCGUUUUCCAGUGCUGAGCUAUUUUCACAAAAAAGCAAAGACGGCGCUGAUGAGGUGCAGUCAGCCGUUAGUUGGAACAACAAUGAGGCGUUGCAAUGGAGACGAGGAGCUACUCAAGUCCGUGCUGAUGGGUGGAAAGAAGGGCUUCAUCAUUGACACCCGAACACAGAAUGUCGCUCAGCUAGCAAAAACAAAAGGUGGUGGCUGCGAGCCUGAAGUGCACUACCCAAUGUGGACGCGCCUGCACAAGCCAAUCGAGCGCUAUACAGUCCUCUUAGAGUCCCUCUCCAAAGUUGUAGAAGCAUCAACCGACACCGGCGUGAGCAUGGACAAGUGGCUGUCCCGGCUUGAGGCGUCGGGGUGGCUGAGUCAUAUCAAGGGCGUUCUCUCUUGUGCCUGCUUUGUUGCCCAGUGCCUUGACCAGGAUGAACGUUCAGUGGUGAUUCACGGGUCUGAAGGCACAGACUCUACCCUGCUGGCGUGCUCGCUGGCUCAGGUGAUCCUGGACCCGGACUGCCGAACGAUGCGUGGCUUCCAGGCGCUUGUGGAGCGCGAAUGGCUUCGUGCGGGACACCCAUUUCGUCUGCGCUGUCAGCACGGUGCUUUUGCACCGGCCAGCGUCCGUACCAAGGAGCAAAGCCCCACCUUUCUCAUAUUCCUGGAUUGCGUAUUCCAGAUUCACCAACAGUUUGCCUGCUCAUUUGAAUUCAACGAGCAGUUCCUCAUUAUGCUGUUUGAGCACAGUUACUGCUCUUCAUUUGGCACGUUUCUGGCUAAUUCCAUGAAGGAAAGAAAAGAGCUCAAGCUGUCGCAGAAGACGUACUCUCUGUGGUCUUAUGUAAACUCUCCAGACAUGCUGGCUGAGCUUACCAAUCCGAUGUAUGACCACAACAACCAGGUGAUCUGGCCAUCGGUGGCCCCUCAAAGCCUGAUUUUAUGGCCGGCCCUGUUCUUACGGUGGGUCUAUGACCAGAAACCCCAGAAAGAAGCAUGGGACAUGGUUCUGGAAAUCCGAAACAGAGAUAAGGAACUGCGCUCUAAAGCAAUAAGGCUACGCAGGCAACUUCUGGAGCUGGAGGACGAGGCUGUCGUCCAGGGUGUGCUGCAGGACUCUCUCAGCCUGCUCGAAUGACAUCCGAGGAGGGGCUCGGUACCCUCUUCGCAGCGGGGCAGCACUAGCACCGUGGAGGACGUGGGACCCAGCCACCAGCAGAUAUCGGCACUGGCUCAGGAGACCGCCAGCAUCGGCAGUCGGUCUUCUUUCUCUCGCAUGUCGUCCACGGGUUCGCCUCAGUCUUCGUUGUCAUCCUCACCGGCUAACGCUUCGUCCGGCACUCCCUCGCAUGUGCGUAGACUCCUCCGCAGCCUGCUGCAUCUGAGUUUAGACAGCCAUGCGGGAAGCCGCCUGGCCCCGGACUUUGGAGCUGCGUCAUUUGACGAGCUCACCUUCAAGCGUGGUGACGACGAUUGACGUAUUUUUUGUUGCACGUGACUUUCCGAUUUCAGUAUUUUGUGAAAUGCCUAUGUGGAUGUUGGCUGAUGCCUGCAGUUAUCCUCGUUACCUAUGCUGUUGCCUCGCUUGCAUUGUGGUGCAUCUACCCGAUCAUACCGAUCGUUCAUACUUGUCCCAAAUAAUUUUUGAAACUAGUGGCAGAUAUAAAUUGCUGGUGGUUUGAGAUUAUCAAGCUGAAUAUUUAAGCCGAGGUGUUUAGAUUGCAUUGAGAAUGUAACCUCGAACCUGUCUCUGUGGGACAUUUUGUAGGAGUUCUUAAUCCAUCAUAGAUGUAGUAUUCUCGGCAUUUAUUUUUUGUCGUUUUAUAAGGUUUGCAUAUUACUCUUUUCAGUCCUUUCGAAAAUCAAAAGGAUAACUCCGCGUUGCUGAAUUUUUUCUUUACUAUAAGUGCAUUGUGAUAAAUACGGCUAUACAACUUUUUGAAUUGCACUUGUGUCAUUGCGACAGUGUUCUGUUCUUCGAUCCGAAUGCCUGGCUACAUGAUGUAGGUCACAGUACAGUACGCAUACUGCUUGUAAGAAAAGUGUUGUCUAAGGCCUUACCUUAGAAGGUUUGUCUGAAGGUAUACCAAGACUUUAGAAUUUUACAACAGUAAAGAAAUGUGCCGUAGUCACACUAACCAAGUCAAUAUUUGAAGUACUCUAGUUUAAAAUUCCUAGGCAAGCACCCCCACCUGAGUAAGCACCCCUUUCCCCAUUUAUGGAGAUUUGAAACAUAAGCCUGUGACGUAACGGGUACCCCCCUCUCCUCUGCCAUAUAUGUAUGCUUUUUCAACCUCUUCUUCACUGCAGAUUGCUCCAGUAGUAGUUCCUAGGAAUCUAAAACGUGAGAGCCUUUAUAUACAGUCUAACAUAGAUAUACAUAUUGAACUCGAAGGGGAUCGAGAAUUAGUUUGAUAUAUCAAAAAUUACAUAUAAAAAAAAUACAGACCCCGAGAGCUUACCUGUAGCAGACCAUCACCUACAAUAGGCACAUCAAGAAUGACAACUGAUUCCGCAGACUUGUCGCAACAUAAUGUUUUAUUUGCAUAAAAAAAUCUCUUAUCUUGGCCUGCUUUUUCGUUUUCUAAAUGAAGUUGACUCUAGUCUCGCCGAUCUUAUAAAGUCUGUCCAGUUGCGACAGCCCGGUUUCCUCCAUGUCGCCGAUACAUUGUCGAAAGGACGCCGAACGUUUCCACCACUUUAGUGGUUGAGUAUGCGCGUGUAGUCAGCACCUCAAGCAGACGAUCCUCCUUGUCACUUGAGCUGUCGGCCUGGGCAUCCCGGGUCCCUGUGACCUAGGCUACUACGUAUGUCCUCGUCAGCAAGGCUCGGAAGGGCCUGAACAUUGCAACCGCUUCCAUGAAAUCGUCCACAGACACUUCGUGUGGAACAGCUGUCGAGAGGAGGGAUGACAACUCACAAAACACGUCGUUUAAACGCUCGUCAUUACCAUCUUCACUAAUUUCCACAAGUUUCACUAUCACAUGACAGGCUCUCGACGUAUGCUGCUUCGACACCUUUGCCUUGUUAUCUGCCUUGUUCUUCAACAAUGUACUCGGAGUGCUCCGUGGUAUUCUAAAGUCGUCCGCGACGGUCGAACAUUUAUCGCCCGCCUCAACACAUUUAUUAGCCUUGAACUUCGUUGCAAAGUCAAGGGUCUUGCGCUUCUUGACGCUGGCCAUAGCUACACGAGAAGUUGACAAUUCAAGGAGUCGUCAGCGGCUUCACACACCACGCGCGCAAAAGAAGAAUGCUGCACUGCCUGCACAUGCGAUGGUACGUAGACGACGAGACAACGGAAGGGGACUCCGCCAACAAAGCGCUUGCGAGGCGAUGGCUACUGGCGACUCGAGGGCAAACAGCAAAAGGCGCUAGCUGUGGUUGGCUGAUCAAAACUCGCAAACCAGCAACAAAAAAUAAAAUAAAAGGCUCCUGCUCUUUGAGCUGAUGAGUAUGCUGAGAAAGCAUGAGAGAGAGAGGGAAAUGAAAAAAUAGAAAAAAAAGGCGUUCUGCAAGUUGGAGACUGUGCAGUCCGAGCCGUCUCACCUUUACCUUGUUUCAAGUGUUUCGGGUUUAGACGAAGGUGAGGGGUUGCGCGGAGGUUUCCGGGCGCUGCGAGUGAAGCCCACUUUGCAGCUCACACGGUGUUCGAUGUAUCCAAAGGCGGGUAAAAAUACCGUUCGAUAUAACGUUCGAAUUUCUAUACUUAGGAAUUUCAAGGGGAUAACUUGCGAGUUCGAUAUGCAUGUAAAUACGACGUAUGUGGGUUCGAUAUAUCUGUGUUUGACUAUAUGUGUACGAUCUUGUCAUACAUCUGCUGUAUGGCGCCUUGGAAUUGCAUUCUUAGUUGUUGAAAAUUCUCGAAACAUUGGAAGGUCAUGCCCCUCUUGUCACAUUGCAUGAAAUUUUGCCCGAGGAUGCCCUCCAGUUCAAUGAAAACCACCUGAAUGCGAAAUCAAUAAAGCAUUUCAUUAGAACCACAGGUGUGCAUUCUUAGAGGCUGUUCAGCUGCCGUAUUGAAUUCUGGUCCGGUACAAAACGAAGGCCUCCCUUCAAAAUUGUGUCCAAUUAUCUUUACUGUAUGGGGUGUGCUUGCUCAAGACUUUGCGGUUGUGAUAUCCCAUGUACAUUUUGCGAUAUUUGCUACUGUGCUUGCCGUUUUCUGGUUAAAAUGUCGUCGAGAGGUGAAUGCUAUUGAAGUGUGCACCCUUUCACUGAACUACUUUAGUAUAGUUCUUCACAGUGUGCCUGUAUGGUAUAAAGUAUUGAGGCUGUGUUGGCAUUCUAUCUGGAACAUUGCUUUUCGAAAGCCUUAUGCACCGAUGAAUGUGUGAUCAUCAUAGAAAAUCACAUUUAAAGAGAUUGUGAAAAGGUCACUCCUAAAAAUUGACAAUGCGGAAUAGCCAGCAGCCCUACGUACUAACUACAUGACGUCAACCUAAGUAGAGUAGAUCUACUUAGCUUAUUGCUUAUUCAGGAACGGGAAACUUCACGGUGCUUGUGAGUGUACGAAGGACGCUCAUCGGUGUCUUUGCCAUGCGCGAUCCGAGUCUACUUUAGUUAUGCUGACGUCACUUAGUUUGUGCUUAUGUGUACUAGUGGUUCCAUUUUAGGAGCGACAUUUUAAUGGCCCCUUUAAUUUUAAACCUUAUCAGAAUUUUCUAACGUAUUCAGAGCAGUGAUGUGUCGUGAGCUGCACACAUACUCUUUUUGUCUAUCUACAAUUGGGAAUGUAUAGUAACAGGCCUAAUUAGGGAAUGCCAAAGGUAGCUUUAUAGAUGUGCACUCUUGUGUACUUUGACAUGAUAACUGAGAAUAAUUUUCACAAAGUUUGUUGCCUCCUGUGUUAGAGACGCUGAAGGGAGAAAUUGUUUCUCCUCUGUUACUAAAUUAUGAUUCCGCAACAUCAAGAAUGCCAUUCUUGUCACAUGAAAGAUCUUAGCACAGAACAAAAAUAGCGACACUUUGUCUUGGCGCAAAACAAAAAUAGCAACACUUGGAAGCUCCUGUGUUUUUGUACCCUCACGGGAUCAAUUUUGCAUGCAUAUCAGAGGGUUUAUAUAAUUAUUGGUGAUAGAUUAUAUUGCAUUCUCAGGGAAUCAUACACCUAACUUCACAAUUUCCUCUAGGUUUAAUCAAGUUAAAGCUUACAAAAAUACUGUCAAAUAUGUUUACUAACACUGACAUGUGAACAUGGGAAUUUCGGUUGACCAUGAAAUGUUGACCUUUCAUUUUUCUUCUAAUAUUGAGACUAUGUGUGCUAAAUUAGUAAUAAUAGAAGUUUAAAAGAAUAAUUCAUUAUUGUUACUUUGUGCAAUAGUGUCCAUUCAAGCUAAUUUAUACACAAAAUCUGUGUCAUUGAUGUAAUGCUAAUCUAAAUCCAUUUGUUUGUCGUGUGAUUGUCUCAUGAUGCAUUUCUUUUGGUCGUAUGCAUAUCACGCGAGAGCAGGGCUUAACAACACUUUGUGCCAGCUGUUGUUGGUAGUAGUUGUAACGGAGACUGUAAUCUGGGAUGGCACUGUUGAGAUUAUCCCCGACUCUGUGCAUAUGUAUGCUCGCAUUGUUGGCAUACCUUGAGUCGGUUGUGAUACCUCCCUUAUGUCUAUCAGCUAAGCUUUCUUUUAAUCCUUUAAUUUA